CUCUGACAUGUCCUAUGAGCCGACUAAUAUACCUAUAUAUCACCCAAACAUGCUCAUCCCAUCCAUUCUUCCCGAUUUGCUGGAUCCUAUGAAGGUCAAUGAGACUCUGAUUUGAUGGAAGCACUGACUACCGAUGUGCAGAUCUGCCGAAUAACACAUUGGUCUUUGACGCAUGUGACUACUCAGAAGAGACGUGAGUGACAGGAAGGAGGAGGGUCAAAAAAGUCGACCAGUGGGCUUGGCUUCGGUCUCGAUUACACAUUGGUCUACUUAAGGGCGGGCUUUGAGGGAUGAUCAUCGUCCAUGGUGAUGGGAUGGCUUCUGGAUUUUAGGAAGCGGGCUUCGAGUGACGUGGCCAUGUUCCCAUGUGACUAAUUUCAUCAUUCACCACUCAAACUUGCAGACGCUUCUUCAGAUCUGGACCUUGAUUCACCCAGCAGGUCCAGUGAAUUCACUAUCUUCUGAAGACGCCAUCUGGCUUUUCCAUUGAAUAGCAUCAUGUCCUGGGUGCCGGAUAAGAAAGUGAGUUACAGCCUUUGGGAAUCCUUGGCCUUGAGGCUGUUGCGUUUUGGGGUGGUGCCUAAACAUGUGGCCUUUAUCAUGGACGGGAACCGACGGUUUGCUCGUGUGAAUCAGUUGGAAAAGAUCCAGGGCUAUGUUCAAGGCUUUGACAAAUUGGCCGAAACCUUGCAGUGGUGCCAUGACUUAGGAAUCAAAGAAGUCACUGUUUACGCUUUUAGUAUCGAGAAUUUCAAAAGACCACAGAAUGAGGUGGAUGGUCUUUUGGAUUUGGCCCGUGAUAAAUUUCGUCGUUUGCUGCAAGAACAAGAUCGUUUACGGGAGCACGGCAUUCGAGUGCGGGUGAUUGGAAAUAUCACGCUUUUACCGGAUGACCUCAAGGACUUGAUUGACCAAGCUGAGAAGGCCACAGAGACCAAUGAGGAGCGGAUCUUGAAUGUGGCCUUUUCAUACACAUCUAGAGAGGAAAUUGCACAGGCUGUUCGAAAAUGUGCUCAAGGGGUCGAGGAAGGUCGGAUACUGGCUGAAGACAUUACCGAAGACUUGAUCGAACGCUGUCUGUACACAAAUAUUUCCCGGACUGUGGAUCUCCUGAUCCGGACCUCUGGCGAAGUCCGCCUGUCGGAUUUUCUCCUCUGGCAAUCCUCUUAUAGUGUGAUUCAUUUCGAACCUGUUCUCUGGCCAGACUUCUCAUUCAAGCACCUCUUGGCCGGAGUCUUCCACUUUCAGCGACAUCAGAGACAAAUUCAAUCCGUUUUGGAUCGACACGAAGAUGGAAAGGGCGCGGACUUAAAUGUGAAAAGUGUUGAACGAGUCAAGCAUUUUUUGGCGCAUCUCGAGCAGAAUCGCGGACACAGAUCAUGAUGUCAAUGUCUCAAACCAAGAAAUUAAAAGCCACAAUGUGGGGGGCGAAGAAACAUUGUUAUGCCAGAAUUGAUACAACGUGAAGUUCUCCUGUUAUUUUGUGUUACCACAAGAUGUAGCAUCUACGAAACAAAAUCCAUUCCGCCAUUAAAUGUCAUUUAUUCAAUGGGAA